AUGUCGGCUCCACCAGCUUGUCUCGGUGGCUAUCCGGCAAACCGUCAAAUUCCCGUCGGUCUGUGGAUCUAUACCAUCCCACAUCGUCUACCUCGGGAACUUACAUACGGACGACAGCGGAUGCGCCCUUUAUUGUGCCUCGCUGCUCGAACUGGUCCCGUCGCAGCCGAUGCCCGCCACAAUGAGGAGCUAUGA